CUGUGGCACCUUACCUAUCAUAUGGAUGCUGAAAUACAUACUCAGUAUUUCUGUGAAACUCUUGUAAUAAUAAUCUCUCCUAAAGGCCUCCCACGCUUCUCCUUUUCAAAUAAAAUAAAACAUUAGUUGAGAACUAAUGGAUCUUUAUUCCCAUUUUACUGGAAAGAACAUGAACACUUCACCUAUUAGUCAGAAAAAACAAGUGUUUCAUGACUCAAAACAAGUGUUUACUCACCAAGAGCUUUAAGUUGCUUAAACUGGAGAUUCCAGUGGGAUUUUAGCAGUAAAUAAUUACUAAACUCCUUAGUUACAUCCAAAGCAUAUAAAAGUUUUUCUACACAGCAUAACUGAAAUGUAGUUUAACCAAUGGUUUACGAUUCAAAUACCAAAGCUGCAGACCACUUCGGGGAUCAUAAAUUACAUAUUUUGUACACAUUCAUAAAGAUUUCAACUGGGCUCGGUCAUUUAUUUUCAAAGCAUGAGUUCUUUAAAAUGAUAUUUAUUCAUUAGCUUGCCAUCUAAAAGAGCAUUGAGGAUUUGUAGAAUGAACAAAUGAGCAAGUUUUCUUACAAUGUGCAAUAUAGUCUUUCAUUUAUGUAUAUUUCCUUGAAUUUAUUCACAGAAUUAUCAGGCUCAUUUUAAAUGACUGCUUGCGUUCAGAAUUUAUCAUCACGGAGUAGGAAUUCUCCAACACUGUAAUAACAGACCAAGUGAUGGCCACUUUGAGCCAUAAAAGUGUCACUUGGGGGAAGUACUUAGUACUUUCAAGAGUUGUUUGAUAGAGGCACAGGAUCACAUCAUGGGUGUUCGGGAGAAAAGGGAAACAGCCUCUUCUGACCUUAUUAAAAAUAGAGAUUUUAAAAUAUCUCCAAAAUAUUUCUUUGACCUACGGAAUCUCAGAAGAGGAAGUAGCCAUAAGGCGGAGGAUCCUUGAGGUUUUGAGCUUUCUUUUUCCAGGUGGCCCAUUCUAUUCUUGGAUAGCCUUAGUUAUUAGAGAAAUCUUUCUCCUCUGAGCCAAAAUCUGCCUCCCCCAACUCCAUUCUGUCGACCUCACUUCUCUGCUCGGGAGACUCCUGGGCCAGUUACCACCUCCUCCUUCAGACAGUAAGGCCCGCACCAGUCUGCGGGCAGAGCCAGACUUCUCCUCCUUCCGGCACCGCACACAGUCGGGGGCUCGCGGCAUCCAGGCCCCAGGAGUUCAGACAGCCAAGCGGUCGGGAUCCACGCUGCUUAGAGCUCUCCGAUUGGCGUGGCCCUUUUAUUUAUUCCGCUAAAGAACGGCCGCAUACCACCACCUCAAAACAAGUCUGAAAACGUUUCGGGGAAAUGCUGGGGACCCUGGUAAGUACACUUCGUAAGUGACAAAAUGUUUUAAAUUCCCGGAGGCAAAGGGUGCAGAGCGCCCAGGCGGCGCCCCCCUCCGUCCGCGUCCUCGGCCACCGCGGAGGAACGCCGCAGGGGCUUCUUGCGGAAAGGCAGGUCCCGGGACCCCGCGCGGGCUGGCAGGCCAGACGCCGCGGGGGCGGGCGGAUGACGAGGCGUAGGGGCGUGAGUCUGCGAGGCGGCGGGUCCGAGCGCGGCUGGCACGGGCGGGCUCCGCGGGCGCAGCGUCGAGGUGGCGGGGCCGGCGCCGGCAUGGCGUGCCCCGGGGUCUGGAUGCUGGUGGCCGGCUUCCUGCUGGCGCUGCCACCCUGCCGGGCUGCAGGCACAGCGAGAGUGGGUAGGCGCCCGGCGCGGCAGCGGAGCUGUGCGGACCGGCCGGAGGAGCUUCUUGAGCAGCUUUACGGGCGGCUGGCGGCCGGCGUGUUCGGCGCCUUCCACCACACCCUGCAGCUGGGGCCGCGCGAGCAAGCGCGCAACGCGAGCUGCCCGGCAGGGGGCAGGCCGGCCGACCGCCGCUUCCGUCCGCCCACCAACCUGCGCAGCGUUUCGCCCUGGGCCUACAGGGACCUGUGGAAGUCCCCUCCAAGGGAACUGACCUGCAUGUGGAUAGUACAGAAGUACGGACAGUCCUUGAGUCGCCCAUGGGUCUCAGAGACUGCUGGUGUGGAGGCCUGGGAAGCACACUCUGAACCCAGAAUUUCCUACGACCCCAAGAGGUACCCGAAGUACCUGCCCGAAGCCUACUGCCUGUGCCGGGGCUGCCUGACCGGGCUGUUCGGGGAGGAGGACCUGCGCUUCCGCAGCGCCCCGGUCUACGUGCCCACCGUGGUCCUGCGCCGCACGGCCGCCUGCGCUGGGGGCCGCGCCGUCUACACCGAGGACUACGUCACCAUCCCGGUGGGCUGCACCUGCGUCCCUGAGCAGGAGAAGGACGCGGACAGCCUCAACUCCAGCAUCGACAAACAGGGCGCCAAGCUCCUGCUCGGCCCCCACGAUGAGCCGGCCCGCCCCUGAGCUGGCUUGGUCCCACGGGCCCCGAGGCGAAGCGCGUGUGCUGGCUGCCCGGGGAUGGCGGCCCUUCCAUCUAGCGUAGUUAGCCGGCGGCUCCGGCGCAGCGUGUCCCUGGCUUACGUUUAGGCAAAAGUGGGCAGAGUCGCUGAAAGUUAGUGGGGAAAGACCCCGGCACGGGCAGCCCCCGGGAGCCGCCUGGGGUUUGGAGAAGGCCCUCCAGGAACUGGGGGAUCUUCCAGCUGCAGCGGGUACCCUGAGAGGGAGAGACUGCUUUUUAAAGAAUUCCUUUUUUUUUUUUAUUUUAUUUUAAGUAGAGCAUAUACCUACUUUUUAAGUCAACUGUUUUGAAUAGGGGAAUAAACUAUUUUUAUAUUAGCACUUUAGAGCAAAUAUAUUAAAUUGUUUUUACUUGACAUAUAAACAUUUUAUAAAUAUUCAGUUUUCACUUAUUCUGAUGGAAUAUUUUAGAAUCCUUCAUAAACUUUUUAGCUGGUGCUCUGGCUGGGGUCUCCUAGUUCAGUCAUUCACCCACUGCCAGUGUGACACUGAAAUGGACACAUGUGAAUUGGACCUGCUGUUACUCCCACUGAAGAUCUUCACAGGCCACCAGGUGAACCAAGGGGAUGUGCAGGUGGCUUAUAUCCCAGAAUGGGCUAAGAAUUCCAGAAAUCUCAAACUUGGUUUUAUUCAUGAGUAUAUAAAUGGUCUCAAACUUAUACAGUCUAAAUUUUGGUUAGUUUUUCACUUUUGAAAGCCACAAGAGCCAAUUGUGGAUACAGGGUGGUGAGAUAAGAGGUGCAAUGUGACAUCUUUGCCAAUUUUCAGGAACAAUCCAAGCAGGUAAUGGCAUAUGGUUAUCAGGGCUUCAGAAUCAGCCAUUUAUGAGGAGAAAGUGGGCCAAUUUAGAGAUCCAUUCUGAGGCUUCUUUUUCUACAAACUUCAACAUGAGCUAAGUCCUUAUUCUCUUAUGUUGAAAUUGUCCCUAAAAACAAUUAUUUCUAAAAUUAUUAUAAGUAAUCAUUAAAAACAAUUAUAAGUAAAAGA